UAAAUGUUCAUAUACAAUUAAUGCUCACUUAUUUCAAUUUUUUGCUUAUUAUCAUUUUUUGGGGGUACUUUUCUCGUUCUCUCAGCUUCUAUAUUCUUUCGAGUCAAAACAACCAAGAAUGUGAAAAUCUCUUUGCUUUCAUAUAAUUGCAUGUCCUCUUUCUUUUUUGUUUUGGCAACAACGUUUCUUGAAAUUUCGAAUGCACUAAGGCUGGGUCUUCUGUAUCGUCUCAACGGGCUAAAACUCAAAAAAGAUUUCGAGACAUGUUAUUCUUCUCAUAUACCUCAACUAAAAGUCCAUUUAAAGGAAGCAAUUACUUGUCUAAAGUUGUUAUGACAACUUAAUUUUUAGAGGAAACCCACCCUAAGUUUUUAGUUUGCAAGCCCUAGAGUCUUAAAUCCAGGUAACACUUUGAGUUUCCAACAAACUGAUAAAGAGAAAGAGAGAAACUUAUUUACUCUGUAGAUUUGGUGACGACUUGUUGCAGCUUCAGCUUUAUUCGAGAUUUCCCGAGUCAUUUGUACAAAUCUACAACUUACAUAUACAAAUUCUUAUCGAAAAUAAAGCUUAGUAGCUCAAUGUUUACCCAUACGAUACGAGUCAUACGAUCACCAUGAAAAUAAGUGCACCACAUGCAGCAACUGCUAGCUACUCAGAAGAGUCGGCAAAAUAAUUAUACAGAAUGAAAAAGAGUACAAGAAGAAGUACAGCUCCCAAUCCAAACCCUUCAGCAUCAUAACCAAAGCCCUCACUUCGCCGGUUGCAAUCAGAGAGAAAAUGUUCAGUUUUUGUGAGAAAACAGUGAGAAGGUGUAUUAGCAACAGCAAAAUGAUCGUGUGAAAGAUUGUUAUUGGAUUACUGUUAGCACAUUGAUUUCCAAGGCUUGCUAAGCUUGGCUAGCGGUGACACCUUGCACCCUAGCCAACCGGUGGAAACGAAGGCAUGAGGUAGGCAUGUCUUUACAAGGUGACCCGACGGUGUCGGUUGGUGUCGGCACUGGUCCCUAAGGCAAGUGGCAGUCGUGAUGCACAUGAUGGCCCGAUGAUAUCGAGGCAGGGAUGCUAAACGGGAAGCAGGCUUGUGGGACAAUGCAAUCGAGAAAAACGGCUAAGUAUUGGGAGCUGGGGUUGGAUCACGAAAUUGGCCAGGCAGCCUUGAGUUGGCUCGGGUAAAACGGAGGCAGACUUGAGUUGGCUCGGGCAAAACGGUUAUUGACGGUUAACAGCAUUCUGCACAUGUUGCUGGAAGCAUGGGACAGGUGUCCAAGGCAGAAACGGGCAGUUAUCGGCAGUUAUCUCCAGGCAGUUUCAUGUUUCAGUGUGUUGGCAGUUUCUGGCAGUGCCAGCGCAGCCCUAGGGCAGUUGGGGGUGUCAACUGCAAGAUCAUGGGUUGGCCCCAUGAUCUCAUGUACUUAGUGGCCACGUUUUUAUGAUUGUAAGCCUAUUUAGGCAAGCAUUUUCGUAGCCUAAGGCAGAGGGUUGUUCUGUCUAGGUUCUUGAGUGUAUUCCUUUGUAAGUUGGUGCUUAAUAAAGGUUGGGACGGUUCCCGUAACUCUUGAGUGUGUUUCUAGACGUUCAAACAUAUCGGGUGUGUGAGUAAACACUAGUUGGCUAAGACCAAGUUGUUGGCAAACUUGGUGCCAUCACAGGCAGAUUUCUAGGUGAAAAAUAGCCCCGUGAUAGUUGGUAUCAGAGCAUCUUAGGUUGCGAGCAAAAGUUGCAGAACUUCGGGUUGGAGUUAUGGCUGCAAAUGCUGCACUUGAGGCGGUACGGGUCAGAGUUACACAGUUGGAAAAGCUCGUUGGUGAUGAUGAUUCUGAUGAGGGCGUUACCUUGGUUGAAUGCCUGGACGUCGUGUUGGCUUCGGUCGAGUCACAGAAAAAGGCUCACGAAACACACGUCGGUCAGACGGAAACCAAGUUUACAGAGAUGCUGGCGGACUUGAACAAACUCUCAGAUGUCAUUAAGGAGCGGGUUUCUAACUUGGAGUCAGAAUUGUUGGUUGUGAAGAGGGCCUUCAUUGGUCGCUCAGACGGAUUCGAGACUCGUGUAAAAGUCCCUGAACUGAAGGCUUUCGGUGGUGCCCGAAAUGCCAAGGAGUUGGAAAACUUUCUGUGGGAUAUGGAGCAGUACUUCUCUGCUGCUCGUGUUCUAGAGGCAGAUCGUGUGACAAUCACCACGAUGUUUCUCAUGGGCGAUGCGAAACUCUGGUGGAGAACUCGAUGUGAGGACAGCGGGCAUCUAAAGAUCGAGCAGUGGGAUACGCUGAAGAAGGAAUUGAAGGAUCAAUUCCUGCCUUGCAAUUCUUCGUGGCUUGCAAGGGAGUCACUGAAACAAUUGAAGCACACGGGUUCAGUGCGAGAUUAUGUGAAGGAAUUCAGUUCUUUGAUGCUGGAUAUCAAGAACAUGUCGGAGGAGGACAAGGUUUUCAAUUUUAUGUCGGGUUUACAAAAUUAGGCACAGUUGGAACUACAAAGGCUGGGAAUCAGGGACUUGCCAUCAGCUGUUGCUGCUGCUGACGGGUUGGCAGAUUUCAAACUGACGGGCGAAUCCAAUUCUUUUGAAUCCAGCACGUCAAAAUCUGAUUCAAAGAAAUGGGAUAAGAGUCAGAAAGACAAGGGUCAGAAAUCUGAAUCGGUUGCGGAGGACAAACGGCAAGGCAAAGGGAAUUUCAGCAAGGGUUGUUUCAUUUGCGAUGGGCCUCAUCGGGCAAAGGAUUGUCCAAAGCGCAAAAAGCUGAAUGCUAUUUGCGUGGAUGAAGGGGAAGUUGUUGGACUCAUGUACUUACACGAGGAGUGCAGCACACAAAUCAUCCACUGUGACAUUAAGCCUCAAAACAUUCUGCUUGAUGACUCAUUCACGCCAAGGAUUUCCAACUUCAGACUAGCAAAGCUUCUGAUGGGAGAUGAAACUCAGACUCAAACGGCCAUUAGAGGGACCAAAGGAUAUGUUGCCCCGGAAUGGUUCAGAAGUAAGCAUAUUACUGCAAAAGUGGACGUUCACAGCUACAGGGUCAUGUUACUCGAGAUCAUUUGUUGUAGGAAGAACUCUGAAUUGUA